AUGUUUAAUGGUACUAACAACUCUUACAUGACAGCUGGAGCCACUGGAACACAAGGUGGUUUUUCGGCCCCAAAAAACGACAACCGGAAUAGCUACAACAGCAACGGCAACAUUGGCAACAGCGAUAUCCAUCGGUUCUCAACUGCCUCUAACGGGUCUUUCAAUUCCAUGUCUCGGCCGCCAAACGCUGCAUUUAGCUCUAAUUAUUUGAGGGAACAGGGCUCUCACCAGUCUUUACAAGAUCAUUUAGGACAACAAGAAGGUGGCAGCCUGAUGGGUGGAUCGAUGAAUGGUGGGGGGUUUGCGGAUGUGCCCAACCUGAACUACCCUUCAACACCAACGGCGAAACAGCUGAAUUUCUCUUCCCCGCCCCAGCCCAAUAUAACAAACACUCCUCCACCGGCAUCCACCUUCCUGGCUGGUAAUAGUGCGCCCAGCAUAUAUAGCCAUGGCAAUGGCUCCCAAAGUAACUUACGCAAUAAUGUGUUCUCUAACGUGCAUGCAUCGCCUGGCCAGUACUCGGUGACAUCCGACUAUUUGGCGGAUUCGCACUCCACUCAUAGCCCCCAGCAUUUCCAGCAAUACAACACCGCGCAGAACUCCCAGCAUCCACAUCAGUUUCAAGCUGUACAGGCGUCCCAGCAACAGCAGCAGCAACAACAACCAUACUCUGGUACCAGUGUACAUCAACAAAGCCCCGUGAGAAGCCUGAAAGGGGUGGGUGUGCCCGACUUACAAGCUCGUGCGCCCGCUGCUGCUGCUUCCGCCUCAAACUACAUGUACUUCGAAAGGCGUCCAGAUUUGCUGUCCAAGUCCAUACAGGAUAAAGCGGCCUCAGUCAAACUCAAAAUUGAGAACUUUUAUCAAUCUUCUGUCAACUACGCCAUUGAACGCAACCAGAGACGAGUAGAGCUUGAAUCCCAGUUAGUAUCUCAAGAUUGGUCCGAUGAACGUAAAAGCAGGCAGCUUUCUACGUUGGGAAAGAAGGAAUCUCAGUUUCUGAGACUACGUCGGACUCGCCUCUCGCUGGAAGAUUUUCAAACCGUCAAAGUCAUUGGGAAAGGUGCAUUUGGGGAAGUGAGGUUGGUUCAAAAGAGAGACACCGGGAAGAUCUAUGCGAUGAAGACCUUACUGAAAUCCGAAAUGUACAAAAAGGAUCAACUUGCACAUGUAAAAGCGGAAAGGGACGUACUGGCAGGUAGCGAUUCGCCAUGGGUGGUUUCAUUGUAUUAUUCGUUCCAGGACGCGCAAUACCUGUACCUCAUUAUGGAGUUCCUACCUGGCGGUGAUUUGAUGACCAUGCUGAUUAGAUGGCAAAUUUUUACGGAGGACGUUACGCGCUUUUACAUGGCAGAGUGCAUUCUCGCUAUCGAGGCCAUCCACAAGCUGGGCUUUAUUCACAGGGACAUUAAACCGGACAACAUUUUAAUUGAUAUACGAGGACACAUCAAACUCUCAGAUUUCGGUCUAUCCAUUGGCUUCCACAAGACCCACGACUCUAACUACUACAAGAAACUCUUGCACCAGGAUGAAGUGAAUGCUGCUGCUGGCAACUUACAGAAACCUCAAAUGGGGAUUACCGCCAACAACUCCGGCAAGAACCGUAACACAAUGCUUGUGGAUGCUAUUCAUUUGACCAUGACAAAUAGACAGCAAAUUCAAACCUGGAGAAAGUCACGUCGCCUAAUGGCAUACUCUACUGUGGGAACGCCAGACUACAUCGCUCCGGAAAUUUUCUUGUACCAGGGAUACGGACAAGAGUGCGAUUGGUGGUCAUUGGGGGCAAUCAUGUACGAAUGUUUGAUCGGUUGGCCCCCGUUCUGCUCCGAGACACCACAGGAGACAUACCGCAAGAUCAUGAAUUUUGAGCAGACGCUGCAAUUCCCCGACGACAUUCACAUUUCCUAUGAGGCCGAGGACCUAAUUCGCAGGCUAUUGACGCAUGCAGACCAGAGACUGGGCAGACACGGUGGGGCUGACGAAAUCAAAAGCCACCCCUUCUUCCGUGGGGUUGACUGGAACUCCAUCAGACAAGUCGAGGCACCGUACAUCCCAAAACUCAGCAGCAUCACCGAUACCAGGUUCUUCCCCACGGACGAACUGGAAAACGUUCCCGACAGUCCUGCCAUGGCACAAGCGGCCAGGCAGAGAGAACAAAUGAUGCUGCAAGGCGGUGCUGCGGCCAACGUCGGCACGAAAGAGGACCUGCCCUUCAUUGGAUAUACCUACUCGAGGUUUGAUUACCUCACCAGAAAAAAUGCAUUAUAG